AUGACUAGCACAGGCGCACCAGGUGGAGGACAAAGUGCUGGAUACGGUGGACAGGCACCGCACCGAUCUUACGAAGAAAGAGCCGUUGCUCGAGAACAAAUGAUGAAUAAUAUUCGCGAAACCUCCCAGCAGGACCGCCGGGUCUACGUCGGCAACCUCUCGUACGAUGUCAAGUGGCACCAUCUCAAGGACUUCAUGAGACAGGGUGAGGCUUUCAAUGCCGCGGAAUGCAGUAUUGUGGAAUAUGCUACUCGGGAGCAAGCCCAAGCGGCUGUUGCCACGCUCAGCAACCAGAACCUCAUGGGUCGUCUAGUCUACGUGCGUGAGGACCGAGAAGCCGAGCCUCGUUUCAUCGGAGCAACUGGCGGAAACCGCGGCGGCUUCGGCGGCGGCGGCCAAGGUGGUGGUAUGCCCGGUGGCUUCAAUCCUGGAUACGGCGGCGGCGCACCUGGUGGUGGUGCUGGAGGUGGCGGCCGUCAGAUCUAUGUGGCCAACCUUCCUUUCAAUGUUGGCUGGCAGGAUUUGAAGGACUUGUUCCGUCAAGCAGCCCGAAACGGCGCCGUGAUUCGAGCUGAUGUACACAUCGGACCUGAUGGUCGCCCCAAGGGCUCUGGCAUUGUUGUCUUUGAGAGCCCAGAGGAUGCCCGCAGCGCCAUUCAGCAGUUCAAUGGCUAUGACUGGCAAGGCCGUGCUAUUGAAGUCCGCGAGGACCGCUAUGCCGGCAGCGGACCUGGCAUGGGCUUCGGUGGCCGAGGUGGUUAUGGCGGUGGUAUGCGCGGAGGAUUUGGAGGAGGAUUUGGAGGCCGCGGUGGUUUUGGCGGAGGGCGUGGAGGUUUCGGAGGCGGCUUUGGUCGUGGAGGCUUCGGUGGGGGUGCUCCUGGCGGCCCAGGUUUCGAGCCUCCUGCCAGCUCCGUCCCUCCUAACCCUUUCACUGACUUUGCUACCGCCGGCACCGAGAGGGGAGAAAUCAUCUACGUUCGAAACUUACCCUGGUCGACCAGCAACGACGACCUGGUUGAGCUGUUCACCACGAUCGGAAAGGUCGAGCAAGCUGAGAUCCAGUACGAGCCUAGCGGUCGUUCUCGUGGUACUGGUGUGGUUCGAUUCGAUUCCGCCGAGACUGCGGAGACUGCCAUUGCCAAGUUUCAAGGCUACCAGUAUGGUGGCCGCCCUCUCAACCUGAGCUUUGUGAAGUAUCUGAACCAGGGCGGAAACGACGUCAUGGACACAGACCCCCAUGGCGGAUUGACCCAGGAUCAGAUCAUGUAA